AUGCUUGAUAGAUUCAACAAAGUGAUUUCCUAUGGAAUAGUUGUGAUUGCAUAUAUUAAAUUAAUUAAAAUGAAGAAUUCGAUUGGCCAAAGAAAUAUUAUACAAAAUUACGCUGUAGAUACAAGUUUCUAUCGAGUAAAACAGAAUCAAUCAAUACUUACUUGUCGCCAUUCCAAAUUACCUUCAUUUAAUAACCCGAUUCCAAUUUCAACUCCAACAUCUCCCAAGGAAUAACCAAAAAUGUGGAAAACAAAUCUUUGCUUUCAAUUGGACGGUUCUUUUAGUUAAACACGAAAAAGACCAGAUGAGUUCUCCAGCAACAAGAAGAGUGCUAGUCCUCAAUUAAGAUAACUGCCUCGCAAAUCAUUUCAAUUAUAGUUAGAUUAGUAACCGAAGCUUUUCCAAGCUCCAAAAUCCCAAGAAAAACGGAGUUUUAGAAACUCUAUAUAUUCCAGACCUAAUUCAAGACUUAUUGAGGAUUAAUAUUCUUUAAGAUUGCCCACUACCGAUGCGGAAAUUGGAAGGAGUAAUUUUAAAUUUCAUUAUGUUCUUGGAAAAGGUGGAUUUGGGAAAGUAUGGAGGGUGGAAAUGAUUAAAUCACAAAAGCUAUUUGCUAUGAAAGAGAUGAGUAAAGCCAAGGUUUUGGCCAAAAAUUCUGCCAAUUCAGUGAUGAAUGAACGUAAUCUACUGUCGUAACUUAAACAUCCUUUUAUUGCAAAUAUUCAUUAUGCUUUUCAAGAUAGAGAAAAUUUGUAUCUAGUAAUGGAUUUAUUAACAGGUGGUGAUCUUAGAUUUCAUAUUGGAAAAAUGCGUAGGUUUUCAGAAUAACAUACAAAGUUCCUGAUUGCUAGUAUGCUAUUGGCUUUAGAGUACCUACAUAGAAAUGGGAUUAUUCAUAGAGAUAUUAAACCUGAGAACAUUGUUCUAGAUAAGAAAGGGUAUCCGAGAUUGACAGAUUUUGGUAUUGCAAGGAUAGUGAAACCCGAGAAUUCUUAAGAGACUAGUGGUACUCCUGGAUAUAUGGCACCUGAAGUGAUGUUUAGAUAAAAUCAUAGUUUUGGAGUAGAUCAUUUCGCAUUAGGAGUUAUGGCUUAUGAAUUUAUGAUGGGGAAACGACCAUACUUAGGCAAAAGUCGUAGAGAUAUUAGAGAUGCUAUUAUUGCCAAACAGGUAUCACUCAAGAAGCAGGAUGUUCCUCCUAAUUGGUCAUGGGAAGCAGCUGAUUUCAUUAAUCAAUUAUUACAGAGAAAACCUCAGGCUCGUUUAGGGUAUAGUGGGAUUGAAGAGAUCUAAACUCAUCCAUGGUUUUCAGGAUUCCCAUGGAAAGGGUUGCAUGAGAAGCAGUUGCCUUCUCCAUUCAAAUUAAUGAAAUAAUCAGAUGAAGACUUUAUUCGGGAGAUUUCGUCCGAUCAUGAUUCAUAAGAUGAAUUGAUAAAAGAAAAAUCACUAUUACUUAGAUAGGAAAUAACUUAAAAUCAGUUUCAAAAUUAUACGUAUUUUAAAGAACAGCAAGUAACAAUAAAGAGAUUUUGA